AUGGAUAGAAGGAGAGAAUCAUGGGAAGAAGAUGGAAAACAAGAUGAGAAUUUGUUUCCAGUGUUUUCUGAAAGGUCACAGCAAGAUAUGUCAGCCAUAGUUUCUGCACUGACUCAAGUCAUGGGAGGCAACAACAACAGUGAACUUGAAGAAGCUUCCUCAAUCCAUAUUAAUGAACAAUCUCAACCACCAGAACAAGAUCAAGGGAGUGAAAGAAAAAGGCACUAUAGAGGAGUGAGGCAGAGGCCAUGGGGAAAAUGGGCUGCAGAGAUUCGCGAUCCGAAGAAGGCGGCAAGAGUGUGGCUUGGAACCUUUGAAACUGCUGAGGCUGCAGCUGUUGCUUAUGAUGAAGCUGCACUUAGAUUCAAAGGAAGCAAAGCUAAGCUCAAUUUUCCUGAAAGAGUUCAAAGUUCGGCAGAAUUUGGAUUUAACCAAGAGUUUCAUCAUUUUAUGUCAUCCACAAAUAACCAGCAACAGUCUAACUCAGUUCCUCUUCAACAAUUUUCUCAAGAAGCAUAUUCAAAUCCUUAUCAAUAUGCUGCUGCACAAGCACAACUUCAAGGCGGUGGUGGUGGUAGUGGUAACUUCAAUCAGGAUAUACUUCGUUAUUAUGGGAGAGACAUGUUUGUUUCUAAUCCUCAGAACUUAUCAUCUUCGUCUUCGUCUUCGUCCUCAUCUUCUGGAUUAUCUCAGCAGCAACAAGAGUUUCUGAGAUUGUCUAUGCAAUUUGGAGGUUCUUCUUCUGCUUCUCAGCCUCCAAGGAAUUGGAGGGAUGACAUGGAUGGGAGACACUAA